UCGCCUUGGCUUGCAUCAGUAGCUCCAGAAACGUACUGUAAAUCACAAAGUGUACUGUAAAUAAAAUACGCUGUAUAAAAAGGGAAAGCCACAUCUAAAAAGGUUUAAAAACAAAAUUGUAAUUAAAAUAUUUACGAAGACGCCAAAUAUGGAAUAUAUAAAGGUCCCCACUGUAAUUCCUGCCAACCCCUUUGAUGCGGCAGCAGAUAGUCAGGCAUUGCGUGCAGCCAUGAAAGGGUUGGGAACUGAUGAACAGGCAAUUAUUGAUAUUCUAACGUCACGUUCGAAUGCUCAGCGUCAGGAAAUUAAAGACAACUUUGAAGCUGAAUAUGAAAGAGAUUUGAUUGAAGAUUUAAAAAGUGAACUGGGUGGUACAUUUGAAGCUGUUAUUAUAGCUUUAAUGACACCACCCAUUGAAUUUUUGUGUAAGCAUUUGCACAAAGCAAUGGCUGGUAUGGGCACAGAUGAAGAAACUCUUCUGGAAAUAUUGUGCACUAAAACAAAUGAAGAAAUGCAGGAAAUUGUUAGUGCAUAUGAAGCAAAAUAUGAUCGUCCGCUUGCAGAACAAAUGUGUAGUGAAACCUCUGGUCAUUUUAGACGUCUGUUGACUUUAAUUGUAACAGGUGUAAGAGAUGCAAAAGGUACGGUAGAUGCCGAAAAAGCCAAAGAACAGGCUGCACAGUUAUAUGCAGCUGGCGAGGCAAAAUUGGGAACAGAUGAAGAAGUUUUCAAUCGCAUUAUGGCUCAUGAUAGUUUUGAUCAAUUACGGCUAGUUUUCGACGAAUAUAAACAAUUGAGCGGACAAACUAUUGAGCAAGCAAUAAAGCAUGAAAUGGACGGUGAAUUGCAUGAUGCAAUGAUGGCUUUAGUUGAGUGUGUUCAAUCACCAGCAGCUUUUUUUGCAAAUCGUCUUUACAGAGCUAUGAAUGGUGCAGGUACCGAUGACACUACCCUCAUACGAGUUAUAGUUUCUCGAUCGGAAAUUGAUUUGGGUUCAAUAAAGGAUGAAUUUGAACGUAUUUAUAAUCGCACAUUGUUUAGUGCUGUAACGUCCGAGACAUCUGGAGACUACAAGCGUGCAUUGACGGCUUUGAUGGGUGGAGCUUAAUUUGAAUAACAUGGAGUUUAUAGUUGUUACUAAUGAUGGUGUUUGUUUAUACAAUUUUAAUAAUUAUUUAUAUGUAUAUGUACGUAUCUAUGGUGUAUUUUGCUUUUAAAAAUAUGUGUAAUAAAUGUAGUGUGCAUUUUUUAAAUAAAAUUCUUAAAUAUCUGUAUUGGUUGAAAAAAAAUUAAAAUUACUAUGUACUAUGUCGUCACCUAAAAUAUAAAUCUCCCUAUAUUCAUAUUGAUAUAUGUAACAGUUUCAAAGCAGUGACAAACAUUUAUUUCUGACAGAUAUUUUAAAAGAUAUAAUAGUUUCUCUCUGCUGCCUUCUAUUGUUAUGAAACAAAUAUUCUUAACUGCAUUAUUUUAAAAAGCAAAUUGGAAAUGAAUUUAAAAUUGUUUCCAAACUUUGCACUUAUUAAAUUAAAUGAUUUCACAAAAAUAAAAUUAUAUUUAUCUCAAAAAUUGAUUUUUUAGAUAGUUUGAAUACGUAGUUGUGAAUGUAGUACAUUAUAAUCUAUAUAAAACAGAUUUUGCAAUUUAAGUUAGAUAGUUUUGUAUUUUAAGUAACUAUAGAUAGUUAUUUUUUAACUUUCUGAAAAAAAAUAUGAUUCAUUGAAGAAUCAAUAAUAAAUAAAAUUUUAACUAA